UAUUUUCAAAAUGGAAAUUAACGAAAAAUCUUUAAGCGUUUUUUAUCUGAGUAAAUUCCUGGCAUUAGCACCCUUUUCUCUGAAGCGAAACAAAAAGGGUGACAUAGAAAUAAAACGCUCAAAGUUUUUUACUUUAUAUUCAAUAGGACUGUGUAUGGCGAUCGUUAUUGUAAUGAUCAGCGGUUUUGGAGAGUAUUACUUUGGUCCUCUACGAAAACAUUCUGCCCCAAUAAAAAUGGUCUUCGCAUUGGAUGUUUCUAUUAUAAUACUGACACUAGUCGGCGGCGUUGGAUGUAGUCUUCUCAGCAUUCAGCCUACACAAGAGCUCAACUCACGUUUAAGAAAGAUUGACGCCUUUUUGCAUUUGUUUCCGAGUCACAAAAAUGAUCAUACCAUAACCAAAAUUCUAGCGACACUACCGAUUAUACUAACCAUUGGAAUUUUCGGUUUCAGCUGUUUCCUUUGGAUGAGAUAUCCGCUGGCAGAUUUUGACAGGAAACACAUAUUAAAAACCGCCUACCAUUUUUAUGUACCCUUUUAUGUAUCACAUUUAGUUAUUAUUGCCUUGCACAUUAUGUAUGGGAAUAAUGCUUUGGUGCUGGGUGGAAGAUUUCAUCGUUUGAAUACGAUUUUGAAAUACAAUUUUUUAUAUGGUAAGAGAUAUAUACCAAUUACGUGGCUUAUUAACCCUGGUUUAGGUGGCGGGAACGAGCUGAAUACUGAUGCAAUAUGUAAGGUCAGCCUCUUGAGGUCACUUGCUGAUAUUUAUUUAUCGUUGUCGAAAUGUGUGGACAUUUUUUCAAAUACUUUUGGAUUUGGUUUAAUUUGCGGCUUCACAUUGUGUUUAGUACAACUAGUGCUGACUUCACAUUUUCUGAUAUUGUUUAUUACAAGAGCAAUCUGGGAUUUUAGGAUCUUCAACGAGUUGAUGUGGCUUUCAAUACAUUUAUUUAGACUGUUGAUAAUUGUGGAAUCGUGUCACAAAGCGGCAGCAGAGUCAAAAAAAGCUGUCGAAAUUAUAUAUGAAAUAAGGCGAAAAUUUGAUGAUCCUUCGCUGGUGGAGGAGCUAGAGAAAUUUUCGCAUGUUUUACGAGCCUUCGAAGUAAAAUUUUCGGUGAUGGCAGCUUUUAAUAUCGAUAGAAACAUAUUGACAACGAUUUGCUCUGCGAUUGCGACUUAUCUCAUAAUGGUCACUCAAUUCAAAAAUUUCAAGAACUAAUACAUACCAUCGCCUCAAACUACAAAGAUGCUGAAAUCAUUGGCGAGUUUAAGUUAAAUUUAAUUGAAUUACAAAUUUUUAUUAUUAUUUUUAUUGCACAAAUUGUUGUUA